AUGGCGUUACGGGCUAUGCUAGUGAUCGGUUUGUUGCUUGUCGUCGGUAGUGUGUCCGCACGCCGGCACCAUCAUCACCAUGUGGAACCACUAAAGUAUAGUUACGGAAUAUAUACUCCUACUGGAUGGACAGUAGCACUCUACAUUUGGUACAUCGUUAAGCUGGGUUUUAUCUUGGGUGUUCUUCUACUGCUACUAUUUGCCAAAAAAUGGAACACCCAACGGCAGUCGAUUGUGGUCGAAAGUGGACCGGAAUUUUAUCAUCAUCGUUCGUUGGACUUGGCGGAACAUGAUCUAUUCGGACGGAGAGACAGAAGAGACGCGAGUCUUUACUGGAAUGAUCGAAUAGAUGCCUUGGCUGAUUUGCUAAGACGAUGA